UCUCGGGAGAAGUGGAGUGAGUGGUACUGCAACACGCGCAAGAAUUCUUCUGUUAAAUAAGAAAACAACUGCAGUGAAAGGUUGCUUUAAAAUAUAAAUAGAUAUUUCUAAAGAACACGGGAAAGGCUAUAUUAUAUAUAUAUAUAUAUAUAUAUAUAUAUAUAUAUAUAUAUAUAUAUAUAUAUAUACACAUAUAUAUCUAUAUACAUUUCGACGACAAGGGAAUCUAAGGGAGAAUAUAAUAUGAAGUUCGCAUGAUAUAAAAACUUUCUGUAAGUGAAUGAUAAUCUUUCUAAGAAUCUUGGCUCACAUAUGAGAAAAGGUGAUACUUGAGGAAAAUUUUAUUCCUACUGCAUGGAAGCCACUCUUAUCUCUGAAGCAGAAGUCAUGUAACUUGUCUUUACUGAAAAAGGCAGCGUAUAUGAGUAUAUCUGUCUCACCUGCCCAGAUUAGGGUAUCAGAAUUAUAAGCCAAGAAAAGGCAUAUGAUUUAACAUCAGUUCGCGCAAUCAUCAGUCCUUCUCCAAGCUGGCCGAUCCGCGUAAAAUAAGCCACAGAAGAACGAAGAUAUCGCCAGCAAACCAGGUCAAUGGGAAGGUCCUGGCGCCCCCCGGGACGGAGGAGUUCGACGGCCCGCUAGAAAAUCGUUCUUGCCGAGAUGUGGUGUUCCUCAUUUUCUUCAUCGGUUGCGUCGUCGGCGCGAUCUUUUACGUGGUGUACGCCGGCACAAAGGGCGACCCAGCGCGCCUCAUCCAUGGCCACGACCAGUACGGCAACGUCUGCGGACGGAAGAACCCAAAGUACUUCAAUCUGUCUCAGUCCGGCAAAGACUUCACAGGAAAGCCACAUGCGUGUGGCUAGUGCUCGUGUGCCUGCUCGGCGUCAUCGGUGUACUGCUCAUCGAGUCUUCAGGCGACCCCAAGCUCUACCAAGGAACGGUCCUCUUUGUGAAGAGCAGUCUCAUUGCUAAUUUGCGGUGGUACCACCUGUUUGCCUUAUUAUGGAUCACACAGUUCCUUGUUGCAUGUCAGCAUGUUACAAUUGCUGGAUCAAUUUCCCAAUGGUACUUCACAAGGAACAAAAAUAAGCUGGGAUGGCCGAUUCUGACUUCCAUGAAAAGGAUGUACCGCUACCAUCUGGGCUCCAUCGCCCUCGGCUCUCUCAUCAUCGCGCUGGUUAAGUUGGUCAGGAUUGUCUUGAAGGCAAGUGUUAAAAGGAGGAUUCAUUAUGUAUCGAAGCUUGUUUCUUGGGCACUCAAAUGCUGCCAGUGCUGUCUCUGGUGCUUCGAAAAAUUCCUCAAAUUCCUAAGCAAGAACGCAUACAUCGAGAUAGCUAUCUACGGUUAUGGCUUUUGCAAAGCUGCACAGAAGGCCUUUUCGCUUCUUGUUAACAACGCUUUCAGGGUCGCUGCAAUCAACUACGUCGGCGCUUUUGUCCUGUUCCUCUCCAAAGCCACGAUCGUCAUUUCCUCUGUAUUUAUAUGCAUCAAAAUUAUUCUUUUUCCACGACAGACCAGAAAAGACGUUACCUACGCCUGGGUGCCCGUCCUGAUAGCUGCUGUCUUUUCGUACUUCAUUGCUCAUUGUUUCAUUUCCGUAUAUGAGAUGACCAUAGACACAUUGUUUUUGUGCUUCUGCGAGGACUGCGAACGCAACGAUGGAAUUGAGAAACCGUACUAUAUGAGCAAGGGAUUAAUGCAAUUCGUGGAGAACAGCAAGAAAGCCCUUGCAGCGCUGGAAGCGAAUCAGCCACAAGGAAAGGUUUGGACCACGAAUGUACAACCGCAAAAUGGAUUCACUUCGACGCACUAUCCUGUCGCAGCACCUUUGCCCGAACACGCCCACGGUGAAAUGACCACCCUCUAUCCUCCUUAUCCCCCAAACUCCAUGCCCCCCUCCCCUAGUCGCUUUAUCACCCCGGCUGGAUAACUGAAACCAACAUCACGGACACUAAAGUAAUGGAAAAAAAGGCAUAUUGCAUGAUAUCCACCUUAAAUGAUUCAAUAUUGCAUACAUCCCCUUGUGUUGUUAGUGUUGAUAAAGCACGAGAAAUCUCUGUACUUCAAAAUACAUAUAUUUCGCAUUGGAAGAUUGAUUAAAAUGUAAAUAUUCGGAA